AUCAAUCACAACGUAAUGGCAGGAUGCGCUGACUGAGCGCCUCCUCAUCCAUGCUGCUGCCUGCCAAGUUUUUCAAACGACGAGCAGCAAGUGCAAUGCCAGCAGUGGGAUCUCAGAAGCUUCACGAAAAGACUACAGUUUGUGAUGUCUCUUGCUGCUGCAGCCAGCUGCAAGACGACAAGUCUACGAGUCGGAGCAAGCAUCUACAAUGCCGUCCAAGCAGGGCCACACAGGAGGUCACUUACACCUGGCCUUACCAGACAAAGCUGGCUGUGUCCACUGCUAAUCGAACUGCGCCAAUUGAACACCUCCAUGCCACAAAAUUUCUAUCUCCCAACCUCGCAACCCCCUGCUAGUAAAAUCCUGGAAGCACAUCUGACCAGUGGGACCCCUUCCCGCUCAAGCUCCCCAGCUGCAGUUCCAAUGAGCAACAAUGAAGGGGGCAGCCAGACCAGUGCCCCCGAAAAAGAGGUGUCGCUCAUGGCCCACCCCAAGGAGACGCCGCUCACUGCCCCUCAGCUUCCUCAGGAGAAUCCGUCCGUCAAGCAUUUCCACAGCAUUGCUCUGGGGGGCACCUUCGACCGCCUGCACGCUGGCCACGAGCUGCUGCUGGACGCUGCGCUGCGAGUUCUCAGCCCCGGCGGCCAGCUCAUCAUUGGAGUUACCACUGAGGAACUCCUGACAAACAAAGUGCUGGCAGAGCUCAUCGAGCCCUACUCCUUCCGGGUCUCGCAACUCACCGCCUACCUCCACUCCCGCUCCCCAAACCUCAACCUCAAGAUCGUCCCCCUCAUCGAAGCAGACCCCCGACGGCAGCCUGUUGUAGACAAUGCGACACUCGAAUGCAUCGUCGUCAGCAGAGAAACCGAGGCCGCUGCGACGGCAAUCAACGAGGUGCGGCGGCAAAAAGGUCUGAGGGGUUUAGAAGUCGUGGCAGUGAACCUGGUGGCAGAGGGCUCGGCGUAUGGGAAGCUCAGCUCGACGGAGAUGCGGGAGAGGGACCUGGGACGGUUGUUGACGGACAGGCCGUACUUCGUCCGUGGCCCCCGCCUUUCCCACAAGGCCCGGCUGGCGGCCGCCCACCCAUACAUGAUCGGUCUGACAGGUGGCAUCGCCAGCGGGAAGUCAUCCGUCCGGCAAAUGAUAGAGGACAUGCGGAAGGGGGGCCUUGUUACGGAAACAAUUGACUGUGACGCGCUCGGGCACCUGUCGUACCUGCCGGGGACCCCGUCAUACAGCGAAAUUGCUCGGGCGUUUGGGGAAGGGGUUGUAAGAGAAGACGGCACGAUCAACCGUCCGGCCCUUGGAGCCAUCGUCUUCGGCGACCCCGCCCAGAUGACACGGCUCACAUCCAUCGUGUGGCCCGCGGUGCGGCGACUCGUCGCCGAGAAGCGCGAGGAGAUGGCGGAGCGCGGGGUCCAACUCUGCGUCGCAGAAGCCGCGCUCAUCUUGGAGUCCGGGUUUGAGACGCAGAUGGACGAGGUGUGGGUGGUGUUCGUGCCCCGGGGGGUGGCGCGGGAGCGGCUGAUGGCGAGAAACCGGCUGAGCGGGGAGGAGGCGGACAAGCGGCUGGACUCGCAGAUGAGCUCCGCCGCCCGCGUCUCCCGUGCUGACGUGGCAAUCAGCAACACUGGCUCCAUUGAAGACACCGCUCGCCAGCUAGAUCUCGCGUGGCGACUCCUCGGGGAGCGCUUUCACACCUCCCCGGCGGGGCAGAGCUCCGGAAGUGUGAAUGCGCCCAUGUGGGCCCGGUGGUCGGGGCUGAUGGACCGGCUAGAAGUCGGGCCGAGCGUGGCGGAGAAAUGGUGGGCGGUAGUCCGGGAGAAGUACUCGGAGGAAGGCAGGUUCUACCACACCAUGGAGCACGUGCGAGAGCUCUACCGCCUGUGUCACACGUACGCCCACUUCCUUGCCGACCUGCCCGCCGUCCACCUGGCCAUCUUCUUCCAUGACGUCAUCUACGACCCGCGGUGCGCGCGCAAGGGCGGCAACGAGGCCGACAGCGCGGCGCUCUUCCUGGAGUUCGCGCGCGAGGCGGGCCUUGCUCAGGAGUUGGUCGACAAAGUGGAGGACUUUAUCCUAGCUACCGCGAGUCACCUGGCGGGCGACGCCGCCGGGGACAAGGCCUGGUUCCUGGACUUUGACCUGGCGGUGCUGGGAGCGGAGGAGGGGGCGUACAUAAGAUACGCGGACAACAUUUGGAAGGAGUACCGGCAUGUCCCGGAGGAGCAGUACAGACAAGGGCGGACGGCAGUGUUGCGGUCGUUUCUAGACAGCGGCAAUCUUUUCAGGACGGAUGCAUUGAAAGAGGCUUUGCAGAAUCAAGCAGAGCGGAAUAUCACUGCAGAGAUCGUGGGUCUAAGGACUACUAACGUCAACUUGACGUGAGCUGCACUUCGAGUUCCAUACAGAGACAAAUUAGCAUUUUUCUAAUGAUGGCUACUUUUCGUAGACCCAAGCUGAAGCUGCCCUGUCGUCAGCAACCCAAAGGAGUACGCAUCAGGACUGGCGCACUCUAAUUAUUGUAUACGCUUGCCAUCCUUGUGCAAGGGCG